AUGGCGAGCAUCAAACCCCAUCUGAAUGGCUACCGCGUCCAGCUCUACACCCUGGCCGACGCCUGCGCACGCUGGCGUCGUGAGGAGGCCGGCAAGCGCGCGGGCGGCAAGUGGGAGCGAGUUCGGUUACUGAGAUUUGAGCGCGAUGACUGGCUGGCUAAGCGCCGGCUGGAGGCCCUGGAGCCGUCUGACUUUUCGAACUGGCGCGACGCGAGGCUCAAUAAGGUUAAGCCAGCCAGCGUUGCACGGGAGAUGAACAUCUUGCGGGCCGUACUUGAGCUGGCCCGUAAAGAAUGGGGCUGGCUGAGGACGAAUCCGAUGCAGGAUGUCCGGUGGCCUAAAUGUCCAAGGGGCAGGGCUAGACGUGUGUCCGCCGAAGAAGUCGAUGCGCUAUCGAAGGCAUUCGGCGUUGCAGACGAGUUGCGUGCUGACACGGCAAUCGAACGUAUCGGACUUGCCUUUUUGUUUGCGCUCGAAACGGGAAUGCGGUCCGGCGAGAUAUGCGCCCUGACUUGGCCGGACAUCCAUCAAUGCGAUCGAUAUGUAACCGUAAAAAAGUCCAAGAAUGGAGACUCCAGGGAUGUGCCGCUCACGCCUAGAGCGGUAGAAAUACUGGACGCGCUGCCGAUCAAGUCAGGGGCCGCGUUCGAUUUGGACGAUAAGACGCGUGACGUGUUGUUUCGUCGGGUGCGUGACAAGACGCCGCAUCGCGAUGUUCAUUUUCACGACGCGCGCAGUGAGGCCAUCUGGAGACUUUCAAAAAAGCUGGACAUAUUAGAACUGGCGCGCGUGAUUGGGCACCGGGACGUAAAAAGUUUGAUGAUCUAUUUCAGGGCAGACGCUUCAGAACUUGCGAGGAGAUUUGGCUAG